GACAUGCCAAAUUGCAGAAGUACUCGCUACUGCGCAACGCGGCGGGAAAAUUUCUGCCGCGGACUGUCCACGAAACUUUUCAUACUUUCGUGGACAAGCCCUACUUUCAUGGACACCACAUCAAAGUUUUGCUUCUCCUGUGGACUCCGUCAAUACUUUCGUGGACUCCCGGCUUACUUCCAUGGACACACCCAUAUUCGCAGUUAAAAAGGAGUACUCAGCAAUGUACAAGUGAUUACGGGCACAAAAAUCGAGAUACUCCAGAAUAUCUGUCCGUCGCAAGUAAUCGCGAGCUACAG